GGUCGGGCCGGGCUGGGCUGGGCUGGGCUGAGGCGGAGGGAGGCGGUGGCAGAGCGGGUGAGGCGGCGCAGGCCCGGGCCCGGAGAUGAGGCCAGGAUGUCGGUGUCAGGGCUCAAGGCCGAGCUGAAGUUCCUCGAGUCCAUCUUCGACAAGGACCACGAGCGCUUUCGUAUCGUCUCCUGGAAGCUGGACGAGCUCCAUUGCCAGUUUGUGCUCCUGCCGCCGCCGCCGGGCUCCAGUCCGCAGCCGCCGCCGCCGCUCACCAUCCACUGCAACAUCACGGAGUCUUAUCCCUCUUCAUCACCAAUAUGGUUUGUGGAAUCAGAUGACCCAAACCUGACUUCAGUCUUAGAGCGUUUAGAAGAUAUUAAGAAGAGCAAUACUCUGCUUCUACAACAGCUGAAGCGAUUAAUAUGUGACCUCUGCAGAUUAUAUAAUCUUCCUCAGCAUCCAGAUGUUGAAAUGCUAGAUCAGCCAUUACCAGCUGGACAGAAUGGAACAACAGAAGAAGUUACAUCAGAGGAGGAGGAGGAAGAAGAUAUGGGUGAAGACAUUGAAGAUCUGGAUCACUAUGAUAUGAAGGAGGAAGAACCUGUUGAUGGGAAGAAAUCUGAGGAUGAAGGCAUUGAAAAAGAGAAUCUUGCAAUCUUGGAAAAAAUCAGAAAAAAUCAAAGGCAAGAUCACUUAAAUGGUGCAGUCUCUGGGUCAGUUCAGGCUUCAGAUCGACUUAUGAAAGAACUCAGGGAUAUAUAUAGAUCACAGAGUUACAAAACAGGGAUAUAUUCAGUGGAACUGGUAAAUGACAGCUUGUAUGAAUGGCAUGUUAAGCUUCUAAAGGUUGAUCCUGAUAGCCCACUGCACAGUGAUCUUCAGGUCUUAAAAGAAAAAGAAGGUGUAGAAUACAUUUUACUCAACUUCUCUUUUAAGGAUAACUUCCCUUUCGAUCCUCCUUUCGUGCGAGUGGUAUCUCCUGUGCUCACAGGAGGGUAUGUCCUAGGUGGAGGUGCAUUAUGCAUGGAACUUCUUACUAAACAGGGCUGGAGCAGUGCCUAUUCAAUAGAAUCAGUCAUCAUGCAGAUCAAUGCCACUUUAGUCAAAGGAAAAGCCAGAGUACAGUUUGGAGCCAAUAAGAAUCAAUAUAAUCUAGCAAGAGCACAGCAGUCCUAUAAGUCACUAGUACAAAUACAUGAGAAAAAUGGCUGGUACACUCCUCCAAAAGAAGAUGGCUAAUGUUGAGGACUGUUGUAUACCUGGACCAAUGUUGACAAAACAAGCUCUUUUUUAUGUUUUCCAACACAGACUCAAGCUAUGAGUGCCCCUAUAACAGCUGUACUGAAGACUUUAGCUAUUAGAUAAGUUAGUGGAUAAUCUGUCAACUGACACAAAGUAUAUGUUACAGCCUUACCAUUCCGCUCUUCUUAGGCAUCUGGAUUGAGCAGUUUGGGCAUUUACUGGUUUUGUUCUUACAGAUUGAACAUAUUUGGGCCAUGCCCUCCCUUCUCACUAUUUUUCUUCUUAUUUGAAAGUAUGAGCUCCCUACAGCAGGCUAUCAAGUUACUAAAGACCGCUCAAUAGGAGUGAGUUCACACACUUUUUGUGUAUUUCUUACUUGCAAUAUGCCAACUGCAGAGACUUGCAUUGUAUCAUUUCAUUUAAAGCCAAGAAGUUUAAUAUGUUGUUUAAUGCUGUUUUAGGAAAUGUCAGGUCAUGCAAAUCACAGUAGGUUGUUUUUUCUUGGUUUGGUUUGUUUUUUUUUCUGGUCUAAAAUGACAGCAUUUGUAGUAUUUCCAAAUUAAUGACUUAGGAAAAACUUCUGUAUGUUAAGUCAUUAAACAUUUUUCAUGGCUGUAUAAGAAUAUGAACUGUUCCUUGGAAAAGAUGCUUUUUGUUUAAACUAUUUUGUUGUUGUUUUGGUUUGG